UCAUCGUGAAAUUAGCGUGUUGUCCCUGUCAGCUCCGCGGAUCCGUCCGGUCCGACCUUGCUCCGUCACCUCCUCAUCCACUGGCAGGACUGGAUCCCAGAGAUCAAUAUUCCUAACAUGUACCUGUACUUGGACGCGGCGAACCUUACCUCCUUUUGUUUAUCGUCUAUUCGAAGGGCCGACGUCGUUCGCACUUGAUUAUGAUAGGAAAUAUACAAUGCCUGAGAUAACGGCUCAACAUCCUUUACUGAAUCAUUAUUAUCUCUUGUCUUGCUUACCCACAUCAAAACGUUAUGUCUUUCAAGGCCGCUCUCGAAACCGACCAGGACCCUUCCGAAUCAUGGUCAUCAUAUAUGAAUGUUGUCUAUGACAGCAGACGGCCACCUUCAAUUGGAUCAUACGAUGCAGACAAGCUAGAGGCCAAAGCAAGAGAGGUGACCAUGGCAAAUCACUCUGCUUUCCUGUACGUUUUUGGGAGCGCGGGAUCAUGCUCAACAGAUCGCGCUAACAAGAAGGCGUUUGAGAAAUGGUGUUUCAUUCCUAAAAUGCUCGUUGAUGCCUCUGAUCGGACUCUAGAGACGACUCUAUUCGGUCUUACCUACAAAUCACCUCUUCUCCUCGCCCCCAUCGGCGUCCAUGGUCUCUUGAAUAAAGACGGAGAAGUGACCACUUCACGAGCAGCCGCAAAAGUCGGCGUUCCAUUUAUUACCAGCACCGCUAGUACUCGCUCUCUCGAGGAUGUCGCUGAAGCCAACGGAGAAGGUCAACGCUGGUAUCAAUUAUACUGGCCGCGUUCUGAGGAGAUUACUCUGUCCUUGCUAGACCGGGCCAAAAAGGGUGGUUACACAGCUUGUAUCGUGACUCUGGACACCAUGUAUAUGGGCUGGCGUCCGUAUGAUCUUGAUAAAGCCUAUCUUCCUUUUAAGCAUGGUAUCGGAAUACAAGUCGGAACCUCCGACCCCGCAUUCAUGAGCACGCAGGGCCUCGAGGCACGCCCUGACGAGCGAAUUCCUUUCCCAUUCGACCCUGCUGAGUUAGACGUGAAACGAGCACAAGGGGAUGAACAUGAGAUCCAGAUGAAGAUGCUGGGCAGGAAUUGGUCAAGACAAAUUCAUUCUGGUCUAUUUCGAACCUGGGACGAGCUGGCAUUUGUGAGAAAGCAUUGGGAGGGGCCGCUCAUUUUGAAAGGUAUUUUGUCUGUCGACGAUGCAAUCAAGGCAAUGGAGGUCGGCUGCGAUGGAAUCGUUGUCUCUAACCAUGGCGGUCGACAAAUUGAUGGCUCUAUUCCGUCCCUUGUUGCACUAGAGAAGAUUACGGACGACCCUCGCAUUCAAGCCGCGCAGGUUGAGGGAAAGUUUACCGUCCUUUUUGACUCUGGCAUACGGCGAGGUAGCGAUAUAAUUAAGGCCAUCGCGCUUGGCGCACAAGCUGUCUUACUGGGUCGACCCUACAUGUACGGUCUUGCCAUUAGCGGCGAACAGGGAGUUGAAGAAGUCGUACGUGGCAUACUGUGUGAAGCUGAAAUCACGCUUGGAUUGUGCGGGUAUUCUAACCUGAGUCAAAUAUGGGGAAAGAAGAAUAAAAUUAUGGAGAAGAUGGACUUGGGUUUCUAUUCGCCUUAGACUUUAAACUCUGUAUUCGGUGUGGCCG